UCUCAUUUGUUUACGCCAUACAAAAAACAAAAUGUAAAAACUACAAAUUGUGGUUUUACGGGAUGUUAUGAUGUGCAACAAAUAAGAUAUAACAUAUUGAUUAAUGAGCUUCUCUUUGCUCCACUUGUUAUGCUAAGCUAAGCUAAGUUAGCAUACAAACAUGAGAGUGGCAACGAUCAAGAAAGUGAAGAAACGGAUUUUCCAAAAAGUCAAAAAGUUCCUUUAAAAAGUUGCAGCAACCUUUAUUGCAGAACUAUCAAACAUUUUUCAUGUAUCACACAAGAGGAGCUUUUGAUUAAUGGAUAUCACACACAGUCUUGUUCCCAUUAUCUAAGCUGGCAGAUAUAAUGUGUCAUUCACAUGCAUAGACUGCUUUACGAGAGCAUGUAACAUAGGACAGAUGUGGGGCCCCCGAGGCUGCGGCACCAGGCUUUUCACAUUCCUCUCACUGACCACGGCUGUAAACUCGCACAGGUUCGGAACAACAGCGAAUUUCUUUUCUUUGGCAUCAACUUUUCCGAGGAAACGACAGGCCAGCCGGCCGGCUCCAGCUGGACCCUGAUUGGAAUGUGCUGUUCCUCUCUAUCACUUUUCACUUUCCUCACCAGUUAAACUGCCCAGUUAACAGGAGUAAUUGGUCUGACCCUCUGGGAGGCUGUUUUCAGAUGUAUGAGUCAGUGGUCAGAGUGAGAGGGAGAAGAGAGGAUAUUGGAGGGGUGUAACGGGGGAGGGGGGAGAUAUGAGCAGAAGAAGGAGAGACACCCUGCCUUCAGCUGCAGCUCCCACGCAAAGAAACAAGCAUAGGGAAAGUGUUCCUACAUUAAAACAAGCUGUUCUGUUUCCCUCACACAUCUGUUUCUCAUGCUGGUGGCAGGAUAUAACCAGUAAAACAACAAUACCUGGUAAUAGACACAAUAAGGGGGAAGGUAAUCACUGCUUUACCACAAAGCUGGAAUCAGCAAACUCAGCUACUUGUCAGAAACAUAUCCAGACUUUUAUAACCAAAUCCUCUGUGUUAACCCAUUCACUAGUUUGACUCUCUUUUUAUAAGCAAUGUUGUCAUGGGUGGGAAUUUACAGGAAAAAGUGGGAGUGACUGAUGGAGGUGGAGGCAGUCAGAGUGAGAGAAAGUAAGGAGAAGGUGUAGUUUGACAACUGAGAGGAAGGAGCAGAUGCAGACAAGACUUUGUGAAGGAGAAGGGAUGUGAAGAGAAAAGAGCAGACUUUGUGGAAAAAUAAGUAUAAAUGCAGGAGUGGCUGCUGGUGACGGAGUGGAUAGAGUUCAGCCCCCUUGCUCCACGUGGAAAUAAUCACAGGAGCAAAAUUAGACUCAGACAUGAUGUGGACGACAGCUGUCCUCCUGAUGAUUUUACCUCAUCUGCUUUCCUCCACAACCACAGGAAUCAGCACUGGCUUUAACCAAUCAGAGAUAGCCAAUGAGGACUUCUCUGAGGCUCCUGUCAAAGGCCAGAAACCUCUUGGAGGGAGCAAACGUCGUGAAACAUGCACCAUCCCCUGCGACAUCACUGUGAAGCUGCUACGAGACGAGAAACAUUCAGUCUGUGGCCAGUUACAACAGUCUCUGUUGGCAUUUGGGCGCAGCACCCGCAAGUUAAUCAGGGAUGUGAUGGACGAGCAGCAGAGAGCACUGGACGUCCUCAGCUUUCAGGUAGCAGAGCUGAUGACCAAAGUGCAGACGCUCAGCUCCGAGGUUCAGAGAAGCAACACUGAGAUGUUCUCCAUCAAACCUGUGCAAUCCCAUGGACAAGACUGCAGCGACAUCAAGGACAGCCUCGUGUCAGUUGUUCCCAAGAUCCCCAGUGGCAUUUACAUCGUCCACCCAGAGAAUACUGACACUUCAUUUGAGGUAUUCUGUGAGAUGGAUUAUAUGGGAGGUGGAUGGACGGUGAUACAACGGAGGACAGAUGGACUAACAGACUUCAAACGACCUUGGGUUGAUUACGUUGACGGCUUUGGAAACCUUGCAGGAGAACACUGGUUGGGCCUGAAGAAGGUAUUUCAUAUGGUAAACCAGAAAGAUACUCGGUUCCAACUUCACAUUGCUCUAGUCUCCCAUGAUGACAUCACCUCUUAUGCAUCAUAUGAUGAUUUCCACCUGGACAGUGAAACACAGUUCUUCAGUAUACACCUGGGCAGAUACGCAGGCAGUGCAGGUGAUGCAUUUCGAGGAUACAACCAGGACCAGAACCAGGACACGGCUCCGUUCAGCGCCUCAGACGUAGACAACGAUGGCUGCAAUCCAUUCUGCUCCAUCGGCAACCGCACGGUGGAGAGCUGCAGCACUCAGUACAACAACACAGGAUGGUGGUUCAACCAGUGCGGUCUGGCAAACCUCAACGGCUCUCCAGAAGAUGUAGAGCAGAGCCCAGGGCAGAGGACACACAUCCUGUGGGACACCUGGAGACAGAACGGUGUUGCUCACACCAUCAAAUCUGUCACGAUGAAGAUCAGGAGGAUUGCGACCAAUAAUUGAUAGUGAGAAUGAUGUAGAGGAGAAGUUGUACUGUAUAAGUUGCUUUGCAUCUUUGUACCGACAAAAGUUUUAAUAAAAAAGGAAAGAAAUGUU